CUUUUUCUUCGCCAUUUUUACUUUGCCAUUUUCUUUCGUUCGUGAGUAGAUUCAUCGUACUUGUAAAGCAUUCGCAUAUUUCAAUAAUGGCUGCUGAUCACGAAGAUGGCGAUGUUUCUGAGUUGUUGGAUUAUGAAGAAGAAGAAGCAGAAGCCCCCAAUGCUGUUGGUGCCAAGGAUUCAAAAAAAGAUGUGAAAGGCGCAUAUGUCAGCAUUCAUAGCUCAGGAUUCCGAGAUUUCCUGUUAAAACCAGAAUUGUUGCGAGCUAUUCUCGAUUGCGGUUUUGAACAUCCAAGCGAAGUUCAGCAUGAGUGUAUUCCUCAAGCUAUUCUUGGAAUGGAUAUUGUUUGCCGCAAAAGUGGUAUGGGAAAGACAGCUGUUUUUGUUCUCGCCACUCUUCAACAGAUUGAACCUGUGGAUGGUCAGGUCAGCGUUAUUGUGUUGUGUCAUACACGUGAGUUGGCAUUUCAGAUUUGUAAAGAAUAUGAAAGGUUUUCAAAGUACAUGAACAGUCUCAAAGUUGGUGUCUUCUUUGGUGGCAUUAAUAUCAAGAAAGAUCAGCAAACCCUCAAGGCUAAUUGUCCUCAUAUUGUGGUUGGAACUCCUGGUAGAAUCCUAGCUUUGGCUCGUGAAAAAUCUCUCAAUAUGAAACAUAUAAAGCAUUUUAUUCUUGAUGAAUGUGAUAAGAUGCUUGAACAACUUGACAUGCGUCGAGAUGUUCAAGAGAUUUUUCGUACUACUCCACAUGAGAAGCAAGUGAUGAUGUUCAGUGCUACACUUGCAAAAGAUAUCCGACCAAUUUGCAAGAAGUUCAUGCAAGAUCCCAUGGAAGUUUAUGUUGAUGAUGAAACCAAACUGACUCUACAUGGUUUGCAACAGUACUACGUGAAGCUUCGCGAUAGUGAAAAAAACCGCAAACUUUUUGAUCUUCUUGAUAUAUUGGAAUUCAAUCAGGUCAUUAUUUUUGUGAAAAGCCUGCAAAGGUGCAUGGCACUUUCACAGUUAUUGGUUGAACAAAAUUUCCCUGCCAUUGGUAUUCAUCGUGGAAUGGCACAAGAGGAAAGGUUGUCACGUUAUCAACAGUUUAAAGAUUUCCAAAAAAGAAUUUUGGUUGCGACAAAUCUGUUUGGUCGUGGUAUGGACAUUGAGCGAGUUAACAUUGUUUUUAAUUAUGACAUGCCUGAGGAUUCGGACACAUACCUACAUAGGGUUGCUCGUGCUGGAAGAUUUGGUACAAAAGGUCUUGCUAUUACCUUUGUUUCUGAUGAAACUGAUGCCAAAGUAUUAAAUGACGUUCAAGAUAGAUUUGAAGUGAAUAUUGGUGAAUUACCUCAGGAAAUAGAUAUUACUUCGUAUUUGGAGCAAGCCAGAUAAGUUGAACAUCAUUUGGAUCCAAUGAUAAAGAACACAUGUCAUUAUCUGACUGAACAUCAGUAAUUAACUAAGAUGAUAUGUUUUUAUUUUACUUGGAAAUUUGAUAUUCUUAGAAAUAUGUUUGGUUUUAAGCUUUUGUAAAAUAAGAAAAGUACAUUUGGCACAUUGGUGUUUUAUCAACAUAUUUCAUGCUAAAUAUACUUCCUGGGAAAAACCCUGCAUAAUACACUUUUUAAUAACA